AUGGCCAGUUCCUUCAGCCAAAGCAGCCGCAGAACCGUAACGGCAGCAUUAUUGUCUUUCGGCUCGAGGAUGGGGAUUUGUGAAAUUCGUGUGCAGACGGUGCCUCAGCCCUCAGCCCUCCUCGACCUUCGGUUUAACCCUCAUGAUGGUCAUCGUGAUAUCUGCGCCGUAGUCUCGAGCACUGCUACCCUUGCCUUAUAUAGGCUGUCCCCGGGCGAGGAAGAACCCCUGACGCACCUUAACACCAUGGACAUUGCGGCCAUGUCCCACAAUGAGAUCCAGCCGACACCCGGCGAAGAGAUCCUGUUCACCUCAUUUGGCUGGCACCCCUCAAGGGCGGAUAUGAUGGUCAUCACCACUUCAACUGGGCAUGUGUACUUUGUACAGCUAGCCACUCUUGACGGGGAUUGGGAGCUGAAUUCGGAGCCUAUCAUCACCCACACGCUUGAGGCUUGGUGUGCUGUCAUUUCCUCCGUACCAACCGCUCUAAUUCGGGCCGACGAGACGAAAGAGACCAAGGAGCUGUCUUUCCGGGUCUAUUCAGGGGGGGACGACUCCAUGUUGCGCUCCAGGACGUGUAACUGGAACGAGGGGAGCCUUGCCCAGUCUCUUCCCGCUCUUGAGUCGAGAGGUCAUGAUGCUGGAGUCACGGCCAUCCUUCCUCUCUUCGCACAAGAAGAUAACCACGAGCUCGUCGUCACCGGGAGUUAUGACGAAUACAUUAGGCUGUUCCUAGUACCGCCCUUUGGCAGGCCGAAGAACCUGGCCGAGGGUAUGCUCGGCGGCGGGGUUUGGCGAUUGAACCUGAUUGACCUAGACACGAACUCCUGCCCGAGCUACAGCUGGCGAGCCAGGAUACUAGCUUCUUGUAUGCAUGCUGGUUCAAGGGUGGUUGAGCUCCUGAGAACGGCAGCUGGGGAGUACCGAUUCAAGGUUCUAGGUCGUUUUGAGGAACACAAGAGCAUGAACUACGGAAGCGAUUUCCAACCGGGGUGGAAGAACAGGCUGUCGGUUGUGUCAACUAGCUUCUACGACAAACUGCUGUGUCUGUGGGAAUUUGACAUGGCUUGA